UAAUUUAAGAAGCCAAGGUCUAAUGAAAGCCAGAAGACUUACGGACAGCGUCAGUGUGUAGAGAAUUGUGAAGGAAUACCUGAAUAUAAGUUGCAUAGCAUAGCAAUAAAUUUUGAGAGGUGUGUGAUUAUGUGGGAUGCGGUUGUUGACUUUAACUCUGCUAUGGCUUUUGGGCACCAGCGCAGCAGCACUCACUAAGGAAAUGUUUGUGGAAUCAGAACCAGCUGACAAUCCAACAACAACAGUGCCGAACAUUGUUAAUGACACGCAGUCAAAAAUAGAAUUUUCUGCUGCGCAGGAUAAAAAUGUGGCUGGCGGUAAUGAAGUCGUUAAUGCAGAUGAGGCUGAGCAUAUGGCAACUGCUAUUGUAGCACCACUGACUCAUAUCGCGCACGUCACCUACGAUUCCGUGCCAGUGACACACAAGCCCAACGAUCACAAGCCGCUGUUUCAUCGUGAAUCGCACGAUGAGUUGAUUAAAUUGUAAAAAAGCACAACAAUGAAACGAAAUAAAAUGCCUACUAAAAAUUUAUAUGAAAUAUGUGCACCUAUAAAAUCAGGCAAUUAAAAUUCAAUUUAGCAAUAAAUGUUGGUAUUAAUUAAUUUAUUUUUAUGUGCCUAUAAAUAAUGAGGAUGUGUGCUGGAGUUAAAAGAUUUGCCAGUUUCUUCUAAAAUUUAAAUUAAGAGAUUUUUAAGGUAAUAAAAAACACG